AUGGUUUUGGUAUUAAAGAUUGAAGCAAUAAUACCUGCUCCACAUGUUGUGGCCGCACGUGCCUAUCGCUUGGCUUCCAAGAAACGCUCAGCAUCGAUAUUCGGAGGCUCAACAUCGACCACAUUGGCUGACAAUACACCCACCGUGGAGAGUGGUUGCCAAAUUCCUGGCUUCAGCGGCUGUGGAAGUAGUAGUGGUGUCUCCUCUUCCGACCAACAGCAUAGCAGCAGUAGCAGCAGCAAUACAACAUCCGGUUUCUCCAACUCCAAUACGCAAACGAAUGCUUCGAAUAGCAGCAGCACAUCAUCGUCGUCGACAUCGAAUAUUGCUCUGACACGGCGUUUAGUGAAAUUGUUACAUCAAUCAAGUUCCAGUAUUUCAUCAAAGUCCCAGCAUCAGCAGCAGCACCACCAGCAACAACAACAUCAGCAGCAUCACUACCAGCACCUGCAGCAACAACAACAAUAUGAUAUGAAUUUUUCUGGUCUGUGUGCCAUUGAAGAUGCUCCACGUCGUCUGUCGUGGGAAAGGCGCAAGGACAGCAGUGCUCUACAACGUUCCGCUAGCAUUGACUCCUUUGCCGAAGUGGUGUGGAGCGAUUCGCCACGACCAUCGCUGGAAAUACCCCGACCCGUGGUGGCACCCUUCAGCAAGCGUCCCUCGGCCAGCAGUUUGUACAGCAAUUGCAGUGCUUCGUCACAAAGUGCCCAAUUGAAUAUCAAUGAGCUGAGUGUGGGCGGAGGCAUGAUGGGUGGCAGUGGCGGUGGUGGUGCAGGGAGUUGUGGCAUGACAUCAGGUGCUGGGCUUGGGAGUAGUGGUAAUAUUGGUGUUGGUGGUGCCAUGGUUGGCAUCACCACCAGUGCCAAUAAUCGGCGUGAGAGUUUAUUAAGUCCAUCGUCGACCCGCCGCAACAAGCUGACAAGAAUUAUAAAUGGUAAGUCAGAAGAAAUGUUAGAUUUAAAUCGUAACCUUUGUGGGGAAAAGGUGUGUUCGUUGGUUAUGAAAGGUAAGGAAAAAUUCUAUGGAAAGUGA